AUGGUCACGAAGGGAGGCGCGAAGAAGAAAGCAAAGGUGAGGGCUUACGACAUUGAAGAAUCAAAAAGGAUAUUCCUAUACGCCUACGAACACCAACUGAAAAAUGAAAAGGUUAAUUGGAAAAGAGCUGAGGAAUCCAAAGUGACUAGCCACAGUGCAAGCUCGAUGAGGAGUCAUUACGUGAAUUGUAUAAAGCAUGAAGUAUCUUUGUACCUGGAGAUGUACGCAGAGGAAGUUGCUAAGUUAUUUAAUAAGAGUAGCACGCUGGUGAAGCAAAAAUCGAAUAUUUCUCUAGACAGAGUAACCAAGGGUAAAAGCACAAACUAUAAUAAAUUUAAUUCGCUCAUAAUUAGUAAAGCCUUCUCCAUGAAGGGUAACCGCAGAGUGAGUAGCAAACAGAACAGCUCCAUUAACAGAAGAAACGUUGCUAAUGCAAAUACGAAGAAGAAAAAAAAAGACACGAGCGUUUGCUCUAGUGGUAAUGCUAAUGCUAGCGCGAGCGAUGGUAGGACGAAGAGCCAACCGGGAGUAUCUAAAAGCAGCCUCAAAAAGAAAAAAAUAAAGAAAGUAAAAUUUGCACAAAAAGAUCCCCUUGCAGUCAAGGAUAAAAAAAUAGACAAAAAUGUGGCCAAAAAUGUGGCCAAAAGUGCGGCCAAAAGUGCGGCCAAAAAUGUGGCCAAAAGUGAGGCAAAAAAUGUGGCCAAAUGUGCGGCCAAAUGUGUAGCCCAAAUUGCGCCCCCAAAUAACGCAAUCGCUAGCAGCAAUGUAGAAAGAACAAAUAACCCCCCCAACAAUUCGUUCAAUACAGAUAUGAGUGAUAAAACGGAUAAAAGGAAAAGCGAAAAGGAACGGGGGAAGCACACGCGAGUGUCCGAAAAUUACCAAAUGGAAGCAAAGGACAUAUCCCAAGGGAGCAGCGAGAGUAAACAUAUUAAAAUAAAGGUAAAGGAUGAGAACGAGGUACAAAUGAGCGUAGACGGAACGGUUCAUGGCCAACGAGGGAGUAACGCAUUGAACGAAGUGGGCUAUAUAAAAAUACCUGGCGAAGAACACCCGCACCAGAAGUACCAUCUCGAGUCAAGACCAGCAAAAAGGCACAGCGACAAAAAUUCUCCCCUUCAAAGAAUUCAGCAGGACAAACAAAUCAUACGACACGAAAAUGUCAAGUGGAAACGUUAG